AUGGCAGACAACCUGACACAAGCGGGUUCCAGUUCUAAUUGCACCAUAGACCUCAGAGAGGGACAGUACCUGAUCCUUGGCCUCUACGCUGCCUCGUUCUUCAUCAGCCUGCCCGGGAACUGUCUGUCCAUCUAUGUGGCAUGCCUGCAUGUGAAACGCGAGAACGAGAUUGGUAUUUACCUCCUGAACUUGAGUUCCGUGGACAUCCUGUACACACUCACGAUCCCCUUCUGGUUCUAUGAUUGCCUUGGCCAGCACAAUGGCAUCCUCCUGUACAACGUGAUCAUGGUGGUGACUUACAGUUCCAUGUACCUGAGCCCUGCCUUUCUCUGCUGCAUUGCAGUGGAUCGCUACCUGGCCAUCGUGUACCCACUCCGGUUUUAUGAGCUGCGGACAAUACGAACAGCUGUGGUGGUCAGCGCUGUCUGCUGGGCCAUCCAGUUAACCUGCCACGUUCUGUUGCUCCACAGGCUCUCUCUGUUUUCCAAAUUCAGUUCCUCGGUCUUCAAAGAGGUGCUCCCGAUGAACAGCGCCCUGUUCACUGAGAACAUCGUCCGCAUUGUGUUUGGUUUCUUCUUCCCGCUAUCCAUCUUCGUCUUUAGCUCCCAGCGUGUCUACAGGAUGGUGGCAAAUAGCACUUCCGUCGAGAACAAGGAGAAAAGGAAAUUGGCAAGGCUGCUUUUACUCUUGCUUCUGGUCUACGUUAUCAGCUUUGGUCCGUACCAUGUCACCUUGCUUGCCCGCAGCCUUGCGGAACCAGGCAACUGCCCCUUUGCCCAGAGUGCUUACCCCUUUUAUAAAGUCUUCUUUGCUCUGACUGGACUGAACUGUGCCGCUGACCCCAUCCUCUACUGCUGGCUGAACGAUACAGCCCGGUGUGACAUUCUUCAGCUCAGCGUGGCUGCAAGAAACAGGCUGCGGAGACUGUGCAGUUGGCUGAAAUGUCAGAAAGGUUACCCAAGGAAUCGCCGGGACUUUCCCUCUGAAAGAGCAAGACCGUUGGAGCAAUAUAGUGCCAGCUUUUCGACAUGAAGUGUCAACACUUAUUUCCCGCCCAUUACUGCUGCCUUGACUUUUUUUAAAGAUUAGCUUUAUUUGUCACAUGUACAUUAAAACAUCGAAACAUAGUGAAAUGCGUUGUUUGUUUCAACAUAAGAACAUAAGAAAUUGGAGCAGGAGUAGGCCAUCUGGCCCCUCGAACCUGCUCUGCCAUUUAAUAAGAUCAUGGCUGAUCUGGCCAUGGACUCAUGUCCACUUCUCUGCCUUUUCCCCAUAACCCUUAAUUCCCCUACUAUGCAAAAAUCUAUCCAAUCCUGUCUUAAAUAUAUUUACUAAGGCAGCCUCCACUGCUUCAUUGGGCAGAGAAUCCCACAGAUUCACCACUCUCUAGGAAAAGCAAUUCCUCCUCAUCUCCAUCCUGAAUUUACUCUCCCGAAUCUUGAGGCUCUCCCUUAGUUCUAGUCUCAGCAACCAGUGGAAACAACUUUCCUACCCCCAUCUUAUCUAUCCCGUUCAUAAUUUUAUAUAUUUCUUUAAGAUUCUUCUGAAUCUAGCAAGUACAAUCCAGGUGACUCAAUCUCUCCUCAUAGUCUAACCCCCUCAUCUUUGGUCUGAGGAUGUGCUGUGUGCAGCCUGGAAGUGGCACCAACAUAGAAAACCCUUGACUUACUAACCCUUACUCCCUUACUAACCCACUCCCUUACUAACCCUUACUCCCUUACUAAUCCUUACUCCCUUACUAAUCCUUACUCCUUUCCUAACCCUUACUCCCUUACUAACCCUUACUCCCUUACUAAUCUUUACUCCCUUACUAACCCUUACUCCCUUACUAAUCCUUACUCUCUUACUAACCCUUACUCCCUUACUAAUCCUUACUCUCUUACUAACCCUUACUCCCUUACUAAUCCUUACUCCCUUACUAACCCUUACUCCCUUACUCACCCUUACUCCCUUACUAAUCCUUACUCUCUUACUAGCCCUUACUCCCUUACUAACCCUUACUCCCUUUCUAAUCCUUACUCCCUUACUAAUCCUUACUAGCUUGUACAUCUUUGGAAUGUGGGAGGAAAACAAAACACCCAGAGGAAACACACGUAGUCAUGAGGAGAAUAUACAAACUCCUUACAGACAACGGUGGGAAUUGAACUUCAAUUGCUGAUCACUGGAGUUCUAAUAGCAGUAUGCUAUUAUUUAUUAUUGUUGUUACUUUCUUAUUGUAUUUGCACUGUUUCUUGUCUUGUGCACACUGUUUGAACGCCCAGUUGGUAUGGUUUUUAAUUGAUUCUAUUAUGGCUAUUAUUCUAUUUUGGAUUUAUUGAGUAUACCUGCAAGAGAAGGGUUGCAUAUGGUGACAUAUAUAUGUACUUUAAUAAGAGAUUUACUUUGAACUUUUUGACUGUAAAUGAACAACUUCUCCUGAUGUAA